UUAACAGAACACAGAUCUCUCCGUUCCCUGUAACCAUGAAAAUUGUCAUUUUCUGUUUAAUUCUUGGUACAAUAAUCCAGGGUUAUGUAGCCGAAAACUUUUGGGAAACGGCAUGCUCACAGUGUAAUGUCUACGUUGACAUGUGGCUCCCUGAAAAUGCGGACUCAUUUUUCGUACUCUCGGAUUUGGUUAUCAAGAACACCUGCUCCAAGUUCCCUGGAAAUAUUGACGAUCCUUGCUAUACAUUGAUCAAUCUCCCAGUUCGUUUCACCUACAACACAUUUUGGACAUUCUUGAGUCCAUUCAGAGAGCUCAUUUGCGUGGCAUUCUGCUCUUCACAAUAAUUCGUAACUGAUAAAUAAAAAUUUCGAU